GGUAUUUCUCGCAACAGCGGGUGAGAGCGGGCGCGAAACAGCUCAGUCAGCGUGGCUUUCAUUUACCCGCUGGAAAUACUUACCGCCGCACCGCUGCCGGCCACGUGGAGGCAGAAGAAACCCUGCAGCCAUGUGACUCCAUUAACACUCCUCUAGCUGGUAAUGGUGGAGGGGCGGAGCGGUGGCAGCAGUAGCAGUAGGGGGCGGAGGCUCUGCCAUGGCCGGGGCGGUGACGGAGUUUGUGCAGGGAUGGAACGUGGCGCAGACCCUCGGGGAAGGCGCCUUUGGGGAGGUGAAGCUGCUCAUCAACCAGGACACGGGGGAGGCGGUGGCCAUGAAGGUGGUGGACCUGGCCCGCCACCCCGACGCUGUUGAUGCCGUGCGCAAGGAGAUGUGUCUGCACCGAAUGCUCAAGAGUCCGCACAUCAUCAAGUUCUACGGCAGCCGUCGUGAGAACACCACGCAGUACAUGUUCCUGGAGUAUGCCGCAGGGGGGGAACUCUUUGACCGCAUCGAGCCCGACAUCGGCAUGCCCCCACACCAGGCACAGAAGUUCUUCCGAGAGCUCAUCGCUGGCGUGGAGUAUCUGCACAGCCGCGGCGUGUCCCACCGAGACCUGAAACCAGAGAACCUUCUGCUGGACGAAAACGACCACCUCAAGAUCACCGACUUUGGCAUGGCAACGCUCUUCAGGCACCAGGGCAAGGAAAGGAACUUGGACCGCCAGUGUGGCACCAAGCCGUACAUGGCCCCGGAGGUUCUGCUGAGGCCGUACAGCGCUGAGCCGGCCGACAUUUGGUCCUGCGGCGUGGUGCUGGUGGCUCUGCUUGCUGGCGAGUUGCCAUGGGAUGAGCCGACCUUCUCCUGCACCGAGUACACCGCCUGGAAGGACAAGGACUGCAGACUCUUCACCACCACGCCAUGGACCAAGAUCGACAACCUGGCCCUUUCGCUCCUAAGAAAGGUCCUGAACACUGUCCCCAAGCACCGCGCCACCAUCACGCAGGUCAAGGCACAUCAGUGGUUCACCAAGAACUUCCACAAGACCACAGGCCUCCAGAGCACCCCCACGAUGACCUCCAGCCACAAGCGCAUCUGCAGUGAGGUGGAUCAGGCCAACAACGCCUUCACCAUGGACGAGCACGCCACACGCUGGUCUUGCUCCCAGCCCGAGGCACCCAGAGCGCCCGCCCUCAACGCCCUGCUGGACACGGACCAUCUUGAACCCGGCGUGGUCAGCUUCUCACAGCCUGCCAAGCCCGACCAGAUGCUGCUGUCCUCCCAGAUGACGCAGAUGACCCAGGGCACGCAGGCCAGCCAGACGCCACUCCAGCGCCUCGUCAAGCGUAUGACUCGCAUGCUGGUCAGGACGUCGCUGGAGGACACCAUCACCCACCUCGAGGCGCUUUUCAGCAAGCUAAACUACACCCACCGAUGUCUGGUUGCAAACGUGAUCACGGUGACCACUGUGGAUCGCCGCGGGGCCCAGCUGGUCCUGAAGGCAAGCAUCAUCGACAUGGGCCAACACAUACUGCUGGACUUCAGGCUCUCCAAGGGCUGCGGACUGGACUUCAAGCGGCACUUCCUGCGCAUCAAGGAAGGCCUCUCGCACAUCACCAUCAAGGGCCCCGUCACCUGGAACAUGGCCCACGCUACCAACAUGCUCCCGGCGUGAUGGCGGAGGCUUCGGUUGCCUGCGUUUGGUUCAGUGGUUUCGGUGGAGGCGUUUCUCGUUGUGUUGUUUCUUCCGAGGCUUUCUUUUUGGUUUGGUUUUGUGGUUUUGGUUGUUGUUUUGUUCUGUAAUGUUUUUUUCUUCUGAUCUUUUAUUUUUAUUUUUAUUUAUUUACUUUUCCCUUCGUCUUUGAUUAUUUUUCAGUCCCCCCCCCCUGUUGUAUUUUUCUCCUUCCGCUGUUGCUGUCGUCUUCCGAUCUUUAUUUAUUUACUUAUUUUUUUCAAUCUUGUGUGUCUUUACAAACCUCAUUGGCGCUAUUUCUCCAACCAUUUAUUUACUUUAUUUUCCACUUUUUUUUUUCCUCCCUGCAAACACACAAACUCACUUCUAAUAUUCCAUUCCCAACCACUAGACUUCCUUCAGCUCAGGCAUCUUACUUUUAUUCCAAGAUUUUCACACAUUUCCAUAUACCUGAAUCUCUUUCCAUAUCCACGUUCCCCUGCAAGAGAUAUCAUUAAUUAGAGGAAUCUGGAAUGAGUUUGCAGGAGACUUAUUUUCUUAGCAUUUUAGUGAGCUGGGUCGGCCUUGGAACCACAAUCUCCACGGCCUCAUAGUUGAGUGCAAAAGGUCAUUGAAGGAGGUCAUCUGCCUAGAGUUUGUGGAGACUUAUUUUCUUAGGCGUUUUAGGGAGCUGGGUCGCCCUUGGAACCACAACCUAGAGCCUCAAACUUGGGUGCUAGAGACUGUGUGAGAUGAUAUGUAGAGUAGAACCUUAAUUGAUUUCUUGAAAGAGGUUAUCUGCAUAGACUUUGUGGAGACUUAUUUUCUUAGGCAUUAUAGGGAGCUGGGUUGUCCUUGGAACCACAACCUCUACAGCCUCAAAGUUGGGUGCUACAGACUGUGUGAUGUCUAGAGUAGAAGCUUGACGGAUAUCUUGAGAAAGGUUACUGAAAGAGGGUAUUGGCAUAGAGUUUGUGGAGACAUGCUUUCUUAGGCAUUAUAGGGAGCUGGGUCACCUUUGCAUCGAUAUCCUCGGACACUUCCACCUCUCACAUCAACUAUUUCCAAAGUCAAAAAGGAGAUCAGUUGGGCUCUGAUGAGUGUUUUUGAAUAUUCAUGGCACAGAAGGGUCAAACUACCAGCAUUGUCAUUAAGCUAUCCCCGGAAAUGCCCCACGCACCUACUAAAGCCUCGUCAAAUGUGUGUUCUUGGGCACUGAAGGGUUUAAUAGCGGAGCCUCAAACUUAGGUGCUGAAAACUGUUUGAUGAUGUGUAAAGUAGAGGCUCGGGAGAGAGCUUGCAUUGGUGAUAGAGAGAGAAGGGAGUGUGUUAGCGAGUGCACUGAUGAAAGGAAGGAGCUUAGAGAAUGCAAGUAUAUAUAAAUAGUUAAGGGGAGUUAUUUCUAGCAGAGUAUAGGGCUGUUAGGGGAGAAUUUAUAUGUGGAAUUUCUGUAUGGAGAUAGAGAGAGGGCAUGUUAGCUCUCCCUCUAAUGUGUAUGUGUGUAUAUUGGACAAAAUUAUGGGAAGUUACUAAUGAAAAAUGAAGGUUGUAAGGUUUUUCUUCAGUUUGAUUUCUUUGGUUGAGUGAAAAACCCUAAAUUUGAUAAGAAAUUGGUCUGUAAAAAAAAUAUUGUAGAGGUUAUGGUAUCAAAAAUCAUUGUUAUUAUUAUUAUUAACUAAAUGCAACAGAUGGAGUUUGUAACCUCGAUUUCGGAAGCAUGUUUAGUGGAAGACGGUCGUACGGAUGUGUUAGAAUUUAUAUAAUUUUCGUUCGUUUUAAGUUUGCAAAGGGAAGGAAAUUUAUGUCCAUAUAUUGGUAUGACUAUUUCCCAAGGCCACAGAAAAAAGAUUAACCAGGUUUUCAUGGGUGAUUUUAUAAGGUUCAUAAUAACCUCCCAUUGUGACUAUUUCAGAAGCCCACAGAAAGAAGAUUAACCGGGUUUUCAUGGAUCAUUUUUUAGGUCCAUGUUAAAUGUAUGAAUCUCCUAUAACAACUUUCCCAAGGCCACAGUGAAGAUUAACCUGGUUUUCAUGGGUAAUUUUCCAGUUGAGGGCAAAUAUGUCGUGUAGAACCAUCACUGGCAUCACAAAACAGUCUAUGAAAACCCCGGCAACUUCUUGGAGAGGCUUUUCAAAUGGGAGAACUGAUUUGCCAAGAUGUAUAAAAAUAGUGGCUUUAAACCCUUAAACCCCUUAUGUUACUCUGUCUUCAUUCAUUCUAUGGUCACCUAACUCCCUCAUUCCAUAAGUACAAUUUUAAGACUUCGACACAACACACCAUUCCUUAAGUUUCCAUUCAUAGAUCACUUGUUACUUUUAGUCUCAGUCAGUUUGGGUCUUUCCAGGAGCGAGUCUCUUAUGUUAGUCUACCUGAGUACAAUGUUUGAUAAUUUCUUUAGAUGUUAAGUUUAGCCGACUCCUUGUGGCUUUAAAAGGGGAUGUACGUGUGAGAGAGAGAGAGAAAGAGUGUUGGAGAAUGUGAGAGGUGUGUGUGUGUGUUGAAUAAGAGAGUGAAAGAAGACAUCCUCUGAUUAAAAAUGUAUGUUAAUGAAAUGAAAAAAGGUAGAGAGAAAGAGGAUGCAAGUUAUCCAUUGCUAUAGUAACUUUUUUCUGAACCAUUUACUUGGGUCUCAAACAUUGUAUUACCUUUUUUUUUUUUUACCAUAAUUAUCUCCAUAUCUAAGGAAGGAAGGAGAAGUACACAAGAACCUUUUCUCAUAGAUACAGUUUAGGUGACACGGAACACAUUAUUGCACUCACUCAUCACCUUACACUUACAUUUCUUCACUACGGUUGUCUCUCACAGGAAGGACAGACGUACAAGAUUACCCAAACAUUUCCUUGUAAACAGGUUAACCACACAACACAUUCCUACAGGCAUCUUCCUUUACGUAUCGACACAGUUGGUUUGGAUUAACACGGAACACAUUUUUUCCCGUCACGGCCCUGGUGUCGCGUGGGUGCCCAUCGCCGCCGUGUGCUGCAGUUGUAAGAGCAGUCUCGCCCCGCCCAGGCCGCUCUAUACCCUUGCAGGCAGAAUUCUAGUCUUUCAUUGGUGGGUGCUCACAACAACACCUCGGCCACAGCGGUCACAAAUCUCCUUUGUAUUAGACUAAGAAGGGCUGCCGGUCACUCGAUCAGCCGUAGGGAACAAUUAUUAUGGAAGGGUUAUCGAUGGGUUCGUAAGAGUCGAGAGGGUGUGUGUGUGUGUGUGUGUGUGUGUGUGUGUGUGUGUGUGUGUGUGUGUGUGUGUUAGACUAAGAAAGGUUGCCGGUCACUUGAUCAGCCAUAGGGAACAAUUGUCAUGGAAGGGUUGUCGACAGGUUUGUAAGAGUCGAGAGUGAGCAUGUGUGUGUGCGUGUUGACCAGGAUUGUUUUGUGUUGUAAGUUUAAGAGAGGAAUAAAUUUGGUUUCCUUUA